AUGGCAGACACUUAUCGGCCUGAAUACAGGCGUGACUAUGAUGAGCCUGGAAGAGAAAAAGACCGCGGGAGACGUCAGGGAGACCCUUCAUGGGCCGAUGCUGGCUCUCGUGAUCGCAGACUUACAUCUCCUCAAGCUUUACAGCGGUCACGCUCUCCCUACAGAGCAGGAAGCAAGCAAGAUCUACCUUCCAGAGUUACUCAUCCUGCUUCACCAUCUAGCCUGGACUCUCGAAGAACAGCCUCUGCAGAGCCACGCAGCCCAUUCCCUUCAACCAUAUCCACCCAUAUGGACGCUGAGCCUGUGUUUGAUCCCAGGACCACGACUCCAUGGCCCCCCACAGCUAAGUCAGACACCCGCGAUCCUCGACUCCUCAACCGGCUGAGCACAUCUCAUGUGGCCACAAAGUCCAACAUUCCAGGCCCUUCUAUCAUUGAGUCUCCGAGCACGCUGAGCUCCUUAAUGGAUGGAACAAAUGACCGGAGCAAACACACUGCAAAAGCAUCUGGUGCUCAGACGACAAGGAAAGGGCUACCUUUUCAACCAGAGAAUCUCUCCUCCACACCUGGGACGGCUGCUGAGCACUGGGUGGAUCCAGCAACCCAUCUUGUUACCUUGCUCAGUUCUCUUCUGGAGAACGCCUCCACUUCUGCAGCAUUGAAACACGAACACAAUAAGAUCAAGGCGAGGGCUAGUCAUCAAGCAAAUCUCGAAAGGAAAGUGGGAGAUUUAUCAAAGACAUUCCCAGCAUUUGCAGAAACUAGUAGCAAAGCCAAAAAGGACACAGAGAAAGAAUUGUCUCUAUUAGAUCAGAAGCUUGCAGAGCACCAGAAGACUCAAUGCGAUAUUCUGUCGGCAGUGCCUGAGAUACUUCAGACCUCAAGGACACCAACUAGAGCAGAGAAAGAACGAGAACAGGUGGAUUUGGUCAAACGCUGCCUGUCGGUUCAUGAAGAGUUCAAGUCAAAUGUUGAUGAUCUCAGGCAGAGAUUCGAGAACCAUAAAUCCGUGUCCUCCAACAUGGACGAAGCACAUCAGAGCAUGGACAGCAGGAUCAAUGCCUCUGGUGUCGAAGCCAAGAAUAUAUCUUUGAGGAUAGAUUCGAUUCAAGUUCAAUGCUGCCAACUCGACACGAAGCAGAACGAGCUUAGAGACGACGUCAAAUCGUUUAGUAACGAAACAAGAAGCUCUCUGGCUGCAAUGAAGAUCGACCUCAAGCAGUGCUCCGAACAAAACCAGCAGCUCAAUGUCGCCACUGAUACCACCAGAGAUGCAGUAGACAACUUGACAAAGCGCUUAGGUCUCCUUGAAUCGCAAUCUCACAGAUCUUCCGAAUUAGAUGCAUCCCAUUUAAGCAGAACAAAAGAGCUGGAAACGCGUGCAGAAGACCAUGAUGUUCACUUCCAGGAAAUAAGGGCAGCUGCUUCACACAAAGAAAACUUAGAGGACGAAGUCAACCUCAUGCGUAGUCAAAUACAAGAACUGCGUCAGGAGUUGUUAGAUGCUAAGAAUCAGUCUUCUUCGCAUGGGGUUGAAGAGCUUUUAGCAAUGAAGACAGAUCUCGUGGCCCUUAAAGCUGAAUCCUUGGAGCUGAAAAACAAUAUGACUGAACUCCAAAGCCCUGGCCAGGCAGGGCAGAAGUUCUUUCCCACCAAUGCAGUCAAAAUUUCUCCAAAUGGUAACGAUGAUAUCAGCAGCGAAACUGAAGCUCGUCUGAAAGAUCUUGAGAACCAGCUGAAGAAUUGUCUUCCAGUCAUAAUUGAUAUUCAACAAAGACUGUUGGCAAAGCAAAAGGAGGAAGAUGCUAGAGAUGAACUUGUGGCAGCACAAGUGGACGAUGUCAGAGCAUCGACCGUGAAAGCACAGGAAGAAAUCAGACAACGCAUCGGGGACCUUGAGCGUGAUGUCCAGAAACAAAGAGCAGAAGAUCUCGAAAAGACCCAGAAGCUAAAUGAACCCUUCUCUCAGCUUCACAAACCCGGAAACCAAAUGUCCACUCCUGGAAUCUCUCCACCAAGUGCCCCUCCUACCCCUCAACUACACCGACUACCACAGCCACAAGCGCAAAGUACCUCGCCUCAGCCAUUGUUCCAAGCAUUUCCAGUGGAGAUGAACAGGAGAUUGGACAGCAUGGAGUCUUUACUAUCAGUAACAGGGCAGCAGCUCCAUGCGGUCCAUAUGGCCUACCAGCAACUGGAUCAUAGAUAUACUAAUUUGACAACCGAGCCGAUUGUUCGCGCCAUGGUGCACCAAAUGCAAGUGAUGUACCCAUUCGCUGCUGUAGCGCAACAAGAAAUCACCAAUCUGAAACAAAUGGUCGAGCCUCUGAACAACGCUCUGGUGCAGCUGGAUACCUUACGCCAACUGGUAGACAAGCACAGUGCUAGACUUGCUAGCAUAGAACCUAGAAUUGAGGCGUUGGAGAAGGAGAAGACGAAGAAUGAUGCCAGACACGACAAGCUUAUCGAACACGUCAAAGAAGAGCGCGCGAAGCUGGUCGAUGAGGUUAAAAUCCAGAAAGAGACGGUUGAUGGCCUAGGCCAUAGGCUGAAUCGUCUAGAGGAAUAUCGCAACGCUGAACCUGACAAGCUCGAGUAUCUUACUGAGACCUUGGCAAAAAAAUGGGAAGAACAGACUACAAAGAAAGUAGAAGGCCUCACCAAAAGACUCGAUGUCCUCGAAAGCGACAGCAAUCGUCAAAGUCUUCUUGACACAUUCACCAAAAAACUGCCGGCCAGCAAAACGAUAGAUCACAUCAAAGAGUUGCAAGCGGUGCAUGACGAUGACUCAGACGACUCAUCCACGCCCCUUGUGCGAAAAUCCAGCGUCGUGAAGUUAAAGGUGCCACCUUCGUCAGCUCCUCCUGCCGAGAAAGGAAAGCCCUCGCUCAAAGCCAAAACCACUGCGAAUCGAAGUGGGAGAAAGAGAAAGCGAUUUGGAGUCCCAGAGAACAAUGAUUGCAGUGAUGAUGAUACGUAUACGCCUGCUGCGCAUCAUAGUUCGCCUAUCAGUCGGAAAUUCGGCAGAACGAGGAGUGACUGA